AUGAAGUCAAGUCAAUUCACAAACGCUCUCUGGGUACUCUCCAUGCCCUUGCUGUCUGGCGCAGCAUCGGCUUCGGUUCUCCCGCGGAGUGGAUCUGUCCACAUCUCAACCGAGCAGAUUGAGGCCAUCGCGCCAACUUCCAGCUCGUGCGACAGCCCCCCCAGCCCCGGCGAGUGCGCAACUGCUGAGCAGGCGGCGAAGAAUAUUGCCGCCUCCUUUGAAACGUAUCGGGUCACUUCGCUGGCGGAGCAGGCCGCAGUGAUCGGCUUGAUGGCCUUUGAAAGUGGCGAUUUCAAGUACAAUAGGAACCAUUACCCUGGAGUCCCGGGACAAGGAACUCGCAAUAUGCAAUCGCCCGCUUUUAACGCGAAGUAUGCAGCAUCGAUCCCCGAUAUUGCUGACAAGCUGGCCCAAGUUGGCUCAGACCCUGCCGGAGUCCUCGAUAUCCUACUCAAUGACGAAGCGUACGAUUUUGGCUCCGGUGCCUGGUUCCUGACCACUCAGUGCACGCAGCAUGUGCGAACCCAGUUGCAAUCGGGCUCCGAAGCUGGCUGGGCUGCCUAUAUCAGCUCUUGCGUGGGUACUGGCGCCAAUGAAGCCCGGAAAGCAUACUGGACCCGCGCAGUCCAGGCAUUGAGAGCCCAGGGUUAUUGA